UCCUGCCAGCUCUUCCUGGACCCAAGCCCCUGUGGCUCUCUCAGGGUCCCCCCAAUAGCAAGUUGUGAGUCUGGGAGUGUCUUUUUGUGUUUUUAUUUGAUUCACACUGAGCAAAAAGGGUGUGUGUGGAGGGGGUGUGUCAAGGAGAGGACAGAAGGCACCAACAUUCACUCAGCUGAUCCUGUGGCUUCAGCGUCAACAUCUCUAAGUUGGCACUUCCAGAGCUUGGUAACCGCUUGGUGCAGAGCUCAAAGAUGAAGUCUCCAUGGAGAAUCCUUGUGGUGUCUCCUCUGCUUCUUCUACCCCUUCACUCUUCCACCUCAAGAGCUCAUGACGACCAGCCCGGGACCAUUCGCUCAGAUCGCCAUACUUGUGUAGGCUGUGUGCUGGUGGUCUCUCUGAUUGAACAGCUGGCUCAAGUCCACAACUCUACAGUACAAGCUUCGAUGGAGAGACUGUGCAGCUACCUGCCUGAGGAAUGGGCCUUGAAAACAGCGUGCUAUAUGAUGGUCCAUGUGUUUGGUGCAGACAUCAUAAAACUAUUUGACAAAGAUGUGAAUGCUGAUGUGGUGUGUCACACUCUGAAGUUUUGUAAACAGGAGCCUGGCCAGCCGCUGUGUCAUCUCUACCCACUUCCUAAGGAGCCCUGGAAAUUUACGCUAGAGAAGGCAAGACACAUUGUCAAGAAAUCUCCAAUUAUGAAAUAUACUAGAAGUGGUGCUGGUAUUUGUUCACUCCCAUUCUUGGCCAAGAUCUGUCAGAAAAUUAAAUUAGCUAUAAAAAAUUCUGUGCCAAUCAAAGAUGUAGAUUCAGACAAAUAUAGCAUUUUUCCAACACUGCGGGGCUAUCACUGGCGAGGGAGAGAUUGUAACGACAGCGACAAGACAGCGUAUCCAGGCAGAAGGCCAGACAACUGGGAUGCACAUCAGGAUUCAAACUGUAAUGGCAUUUGGGGUGUUGAUCCAAAAGAUGGAAUUCCAUAUGAGAAGAAAUUCUGUGAAGGUUCACAGCCCAGAGGAAUCAUUUUGCUGGGAGACUCUGCUGGGGCUCAUUUUCACAUCCCUCCUGAAUGGCUCACGGUUUCACAGAUGUCUGUGAACUCCUUCUUAAAUUUACCAACAGCUGUUACCAAUGAGCUCGACUGGCCCCAAUUCUCUGGCACUACUGGAUUCCUGGACUCUGCUAGCGAAAUUAAAGAAAACUCUAUUUACCUUCGUUUACGAAAAAGAAACCGUUGCAACCACAGAGACUACCAGAAUAUUUCAAAAAAUGGUGCAUCUUCCCGAAAUGUGAAAUCACUUAUAGAAAGCCUGUCUAGGAACCAACGGUUGGACCACCCAGCCAUCGUCAUAUAUGCUAUGAUUGGAAACGACGUCUGCAAUGGCAGGAAGACUGACCCAGUCUCAGCAAUGACCACUCCUGAGCAAUUGUACGCCAACGUCCUGAAGAUGCUGGAGGCUCUGAAUUCCCACCUGCCCACUGGCAGUCAUGUUAUCUUGUAUGGCUUAGCACAUGGGACCUUUCUCUGGGAUACUUUGCACAGCAGAUAUCAUCCUCUCGGCCGGCUAAACAAGGACGUGACCUACGCGCAGCUCUACUCCUUCCUGGGCUGCCUGCAGGCCAGCCCCUGCCCCGGCUGGAUGACCGCCAACGAGACGCUCCGGGCCCUCACCUCUGAGAGGGCACAGCAACUCUCCGAGACACUGAAGAAAAUUGCAGCCAGCAAGAAAUUUACGAACUUCAAUCUUUUCUACCUGGAUUUUGCCUUCCAAGAAGUCGUAGAGGAGUGGGAGAAGAGGGGCGGCCAGCCCUGGGAGCUCAUCGAAGCUGUUGAUGGAUUCCACCCCAACGAGGUGGCUCUGCUGUUGUUUGCGGAGCAGCUGUGGGAGAAGGUGCAGCGCCAGUGGCCCGAUGUCCUGGGGAAGGAGAAUCCGUUCAACCCCCAGAUUGAAGAGGUGUUUGGAGACCAAGGCGGGCACUGAGUGUCAGGAGCACACACCCCUGGGAAGAACAGGGAGGCAGAAACUUGGACAAACUCGCUUAAUGCCUGAAUGGGGCUGCUCUGCCCCAGGCUCAAAGGACCCUCUGCAGCAGGAUCUUCACAAAAUGCUUUUCUCUCAGUUAAGAGCAUAUGUGAGUCACAGUGCGAUGCUGUGUGCUUCUGGGAUCUCUUCCCCUCCAACUGUCCCUGAAAUAACCUUUAGCAAAGUGCUUCGGGACCUUGCCAAGCAAGAGAGUGUCUGUGGCCUUUCACAGCUAACUGCUGGAAAGGGGGCCUCAAAACCCACAUGAGAAAUCCAGAGAUGGUUGGCAGCUUACCCAGGGUCUUGGUGGCCCAGCCUGGCAAGCAGAGGGCCCUCCAAGGAAGACUGCGUGUCAGCUGCCGAUGACACUCCCAAGAGGGAUGCUACAUGUUUCAUGGGGCCCUCCAUAAAAACAGAACCCAGAACCGUAAAUGCAAAUCAGGUAUAUACUUGAAUACUUACAUAGAAGGAGAAGAAAAAUUUACAAGUACUAUAAUGGAAAAAUGACUUUUUUUCUUGAAAAGAUAUUCUUAAAUUCUUUCACUGCAAAAUCUAAUCACCUCUUAGAACAAUGAUUUUGCGAUUUCAUUGUCAAUAGGAAGAAUAGGAAAAUAAAAUGUGUUGAUUAUUGUUGAUAGCUUAGAAUACUUUCUUUUAUACAACUUAUUUUCAAUAAAGCUAUGUCAACUUAUGAGAUUGUGAUCUCUGUAAACACAAUUGCCUUGUUCAGUUUUGUUGUAAACUGACUUAU